GAAUAUUUCAUGAUUCUUCAUGGUUCAUGAUUGAUGAGAUGAGGUUAUGUAAGAAAGUUUGUAAAUAUUUUAACUUUAGGUAACAAUGUCUGCCCAACUGGGAAAAGUAUUGAGUUUAAUACUGGUAGAGCGUUUUGGUCCUGUGAUAGAGAAAGUUGCACUUUAUUUAUUUCAAUACGGACCAAGUCCUAUACUGCAUAUAAAAAAAUGCACAGAUUUUCCCUUAGAAUUGUGAUUUCCAUUGGUAAAACAAGUGCCAGGCGAGUGCAUAUUUUAUGUUCCAUUGGUUAAAAGAGCCUAUAUUUUUUAACAUGAGAUCUUGGAGGUCAGCCUCAGUGCUUGGCAGGACGAAGGCGCGUCAGGAGAAAAUGAAAAUCUUUAAUCAAUCAUUUUGAACCUCUUCAGUAGUACUGAACAUAUUGAAAUAGUACUUGAAUACCUUGGGAAGAAAUAAACAAAAUUAACACAUAAUAAGGUUCAGUAAUGAAGCAGUGAAAGAGGCUCUGUCAAUAAUGACGAAGGCUGAUAUGGUUACAUUUACUCCAAACAAAAAUGAAAAUAUUGCGAACUAUAUCUUGAAACCUGACAGAGUCCUACUGGCAUUACGGUAUCCAAAGUAUAUGAAACUGAUAAAGAUGAAAUUUGGAGAUGAGUGUGAGAUGAUUAUUGAAGAAAUCCUGCAUAGGAAAUAUUGUACCGCUUCGGAAGUUAUAGUCGAAGUUCAGGAGAGAUUAUCAAAAAACAACACCAAUAUCUCAUUUGCUCUAGUGAAAGAUAAAUUUGUGUCAUUGGUGACGGCAAAGUAUUUGAUACGGUUACAAGAUGUUGGAGUAGAGGAAAAACCAGUCCCCGUGUUUGUGAUUGACGAUAAAGAACCACAUACAAUCCCUCCACUCGACAUAAAAUUGAUUCUACAAGCCAAAGCUAAUAAUACAGAUUUUCCUGAUGAAGGUACAUACUUUGGCGUCAAUUUCGAUAGAUUCCACCAGGAUAUGAGAGAUAAAGUUAUCGUUGAAGCUUACACUAAAAAAUUUGAUGAGUUUGCUGGGGAACUUGUGGAGCUACUACUCCAACAAAUGUACAUCAGAACAGAUCCAUGGGCUGGUGUAUCCAACCCAGUUCCAAUUCUUGAAAUUAAGGAUAUUGUGAAGAAACGAAAGCAACCAUUGAAUCUCAUUACUUUUUUUGAUCAGUAUGUCAAUGUGAUAGAACAAGACCAAAGUAAUUUGAUAAGAAAGUCAGGGGAAGCAAGUGGAGGAUCUUUCCAGAUAUAUCUGAAAGAAGCUUUCACCCAAUUUGCUUGGGAAAUCGCAGAACAAUGUGUCUUAGAGAAGUUUGAUUCGAAAGCUGCUCGAAUUUUCAGACUAGUCAAACUGAAACAGUAUGUCGAACUUGACCUGAUACAAAAACUGACAAUGAUAAAUCCCAUAGAAGCCAAAAGGUUAACUUACGAGUUACUGGAGGAAAAUUUUCUUCAAAUGCAAGACCUGAGGAAAGCGGCUGCUGGGAGUGGUAUUCAAAAGUCUUUUACAUUGUUUCAUAUAAAGUUGAAACAGGUGGUGAGAAUGAUCAUAGAGCUGUGCCACAAGACAUUGUUUAAUAUUAUGACGAGGAGGAAUCACGAGAGGGAUAUGAAUAAGAGGAUAAUUGACAAGAAACAAAGGGUUGACACUAUCGCGAUGGGGAUGAGACUCCAGGGAGCCAGCGAAGAACAGUUAGCAGACAUAGAAGAAAUGAUUACUCCUCCAGAAAAGGAAAUUUUAGAAAGGGUAGAGAGAACCAUGCACAAAUUCAAUAAUUGUGAGUUAGCAGUUGACGAUACCCUAUUUAUGUUACAAAUGUAUCUAAUUUAUGAAUAAAAGUAUUUGUUGUUA